CAACACUGUUAUCAUUAAUGCGCGUUAUUUUAUCUAUAAUUCUGUUUAUGCAUGUAAUUGUAAUACUGUAAUGACCUGUAUACUACUCUAAGUAGUAAGUCUCUAAUACUAUCGUUAAAAUAAUAAAAAGUAACUUAAAAAUUAAAUAUACAUAUUAUGACAGUUUGACAAUAGAAUGAGCUCAAUAGUCAAUAAAGAUUUACGAUUUAAAAAAUACGAAUGAUGUUCGGAGAUGGUUAUUUUAUCAUACUGUAGCCUGUAGGUGACUUGACUACCGGUACUGCUGACGGAUAUUAAAACCUUAUAGCCAUUGAAAAUAGUGUAAUAGUAAUGUUUUCGUGAACCAGUCAAUGUUAUUCUUAUACAUUUAUAUCAACAAUUAGAAUAUAAAAUAUAAAUAAACGCGUUUGAUAUUAGGGUUUCAGUAAUAACCGUGCUAAUUGAGUUUCCAAAAUGAAUCCACAAGAGAUUUCAAUACCGGUUCCUUGGGGACAUAUUGCCGCAAAAGCUUACGGCGACAACACUCGUCCUGCUGUUCUUUGCGUGCACGGGAUCCAAGACAACUGCGACACGUUCGUCACGUUGCUGCCAUCAUUGCCCGAUGAUUACUAUUACGUGUGCAUAGACCUGCCCGGUCAUGGUGGUUCCGACCAUUUCCCCGCCCACGUGCCGCUAGAGUUCACCAAUUUUUUGGCUGCGAUCAAAUGGGUAAUAGACCAUUUCGGUUGGCCCGAGCUGGCGUAUCUGGGACACAGUUUUGGUGGACAGCUGGGCUCGUGGUUGGCGGGCGUCUAUCCGGAACGCGUCAAGUGCCUGAUCGUGCUGGACACCAUGGGGCCCCGGUCGGUUGACAUGGGCGACACGUUGGCUGCGGUGCGUGGCAGGAUCGAUGCCGCACAGUCGUUGCACCGGCGACAGUGUGGUCGGCAGCCACCAUCGUACUCGUUCAGCGAGGCGAUAGCCAAAAUGAUGGCCAGCCGGCCGUCCAAGCUGACCGACGAAUCGGCGCGUAUACUGGCAGGUCGAGCGUUGGCCCGCGUGGACGGCGACGAAGACAAGUACACGUUCGCCAGCGACCAGCGUUUGAAAUUGGCGUUCUAUCCAUUGAUGACGUUCGACCAACAGAAGCAGAUUCUGAGCGCCAUCGCAUGUCCGGUCGUGUUCGUGCUGGCCGACGAGAACUGCGGCCGGUACUCCACGUACCUAAAGGACGCUUAUGAGUUCAACAGCAAACGGCCGAACGUGACCAUCCGGGUGGUCAGCGGCGACCACGACGUGCACUUAAACUAUCCAGACAGGGUAUUCAAACACGUGGUCGACUUUUUGCAAGAACAUUAUAAAAACAACUGAAAUCGUUGUAACUUCAGCACAUGCUCAAACAUAAUGUUAUAUUUUAGUGUUUAGUACUUAAUAAGUACCUAAUAAUUAUAACGGUUGAAUUUGUAGUAUAAUAUAGCAAUAAAAAAAAAAUAUAUAUAUUUAUAAUAUGUCAUUACCAAAAGACGGAUGAUUUGUUAUUGUAUGUUCAUGUUGUUCAAUAUAGAUAAAUCAGAGGUGGAUCUGAAGCUUGUAUAAGGAGGAGGGACUAGUAGGAUUAUUUUUGAGUGAUAUAAAAAGUAGAUACAAUGAAGACUUGACCGUAGUAACUAGUAAGUACAAUGCUUAUUUAAGUUAUAAUUGACUGUAGGUACCAUUAUUUAAUUAAAGUAUAGUAUACAAAUUCAUUACUCACUCAAAAAUAUUAAUCGCAAUUUAUAAAAACAAUUUUAAAUUUCUUUUUUUUUCAUUUGCAAACCUAUUGAUAACGUCUUCUUUAUUUACAACAAUGUCCUUAUGGGCGUGCAUUAAAGCUGAUCCAGUUAAUCUACUUUCGGUCAUUCGUGAUCUUAAUCGGGUUUUUAAUCUACAAAUUAAAAACAGUAAGAAAUAAGCAAACAUGUUAAGCAUUUUGGAAUUUGGAUGCCGAUGUUUUUAUUCGUGUAUUUAUAAGAUUUAUGAUAAACAUAAGACAAUAAAUUAUCAACAAUUAUCUAAAGCUUACAAUAGAGUAUGUAAUCAACAAAGUAACAAUUAAUAGUAAAAAAGCAAAUAAAAUCAUUUAAGUGUGUUAAGUUUUUUCCUGGCACAUAAAAUAUUUGAUAUUUUACUACGUUGCUAAUGAGUAAUGGGUUAUUUAACCUGCUCAAAGUAGAAAAGCUGCGUUCAGCAAAAGCAGUAGUCAGUAUUAAUAUAAAGUACCGUAUUAUUAUACAUAAUAAAUAUCAAAUAAUUUUAAAAUUAAUUAGGUAAUAAAAUUUUUUUUUUUAAAUAACCCAAGGGUUAUCGCCACGUCACCACCCAUAAAUCUGCCCCUAAGAUAAAUACUUAUUAAAUAUAUAAAGAUACACUUUAAAUGUAUAAAAUGCAUAUGCACCGGCCUGUCUGUACUUGAGGUCCAACAGUUCUCCUUCUCCUCCCAAAUGUGUGGGCCCCAUCAUACGUAUUACACUAUAUUCACACUUGAAUAUUUAUAUAGGUAUUAUUUAAGGUACCUAGGUAUAGGUACUGGUACUGACUUGGCAGUGAAUUGUUUCGGGCUGCAUUUUUACAUCGACCGCUGCGGUGUGUAAAGAUUUUUAUAUUAGUUUACAAUGCCUAAAAUUACAAAAUUGAAAAGCCUGUUUUAAACAAGUAUAUUUUUUUAAAUUUUUAUGUAUACCUAAGUCUAUUAAUAGUAUCGAUGUGGGUGGGUCGCAGGUUGCUCAAUUAUAUUGAAUAGCGAGGCAAGUCAUUCUGUAUGGGAUUAAUCCACAGAAUUAUGUGUCGUAUAUUUAUAUUAAAGUAUAGGUGAAAGCAAAAAGGUAAAGUAAACGAUGAAUUAGCCAAUAGGUAUGGCAAAAAGUAGAAACGAGAAUAUUUCGAUAGCCUAUAUAGUUAAUAGUUAUAAACCUAUGUGGCCAAGAUUGUAGUCCCCCCCCCCCCCACCUUGGCUACGGCCUUGUAUGUGGCUAUGCGACUGGUAAACAUUUCGCAUGUUGCGCUUUGACGUGUGAAACCUUUCAUAAAUUUAGCGUGCGAUGCGUUGUUAUUUUGUUAAUGCUAAAAUUUGCUUCUGUGGAAAUCCUCUUAUACCUCUUUUGAUCGUCAGAUUUUGAUUAUAUAUAGACUAUCCUAUUAGUUUGCAUUGGAUUUGGACUCCGAUAUUUAAAAUUAAAAUUAUAAAAUAUAAGAAUCUGUAGGUAUUAAUCGUCAACAUAUUUCUAAAACUCGCUUAGAUUAAAAUGUAUGUUUAUGCUGAGUUACUUUAAAAUCUGAGGCCGAUUUAAACUAUAGUUAUAUAUUCUUAUAUAUAAAAAGUUUUUUUUGGCUAUUCAACUUGGCAGUGGUAUCCUCAGUUUUUUUUUUGAAAUUUGUCUUAUUCUCAGACCAUGUUGGACCUAUACCUAUAGGCUAUAGCGGUAAAUUUACUUUCAUGGUAUAUUUCUAAUUUACCAUCCUUUAUUCGACUUUUUUUUAAAAUGCAUGUAGAUACGUAUACUGAAAACGAUGAUGAAAUCAGAAUUUGGCGGUAGGACUUAGUUUCGAAGUUACGAUACUCCAAAAUUUGUAUAUAUUUGUGCCUUGUGCGUCAUGUUAUAUGAUAAUAGCAUAAUACUACUAUACGAAUAAAUUAAACAAAGAAAAAUACCUACCAGUAUUGAUAAUAUAAACCUAAAACCUAGGUUAGGUUACUAGUUAAGUUAGCUUAGAUUUAGACUUAUCCAACUCCUCCGACUCCCAAAAAUGGGGUGUCCGGUAAAGUGGAAAAGUUCCCUUCACCAAUUUCUGUUGUGAUUUGUAAA